GUGAAGGAUUCACUUCUAGAACAGCAAUCGGCGGAUCCUCAUGACGCGUGGCAGACAUCUGCUGCUGCUGCUUGCGUUGGCGUGCCUCGUGGCGCUGUCCGUGGCUGGCAAAGACUACUACGAGGUGCUGGGCGUAUCUCGGGACGCGUCGUCCGCCGAAAUUAAGCGCGCCUUCCGCAAACUCUCGCUCAAACACCACCCAGACAAGAACCCGGGGGACGAGAAUGCAGCCAAGAAGUUCGCGGAAGUGGCAAGCGCAUAUGACGUGCUGUCCGACGAGGAAAAGAAGUCCAAAUACGACCGAUACGGUGAAGAAGGCCUGAAUAAUGCCGGUGGAGGUGGCGGCCACGACCCGUUCGACAUUUUCUCGCAGUUUUUCGGGGGCGGCGGUCGCAAUCGCCGAGAACGUGAGCCAUCACGCGGCCCGGAUGUGGUGAUGCCUCUGCGUGUGUCGCUAGCCGAUCUGUACAAUGGCAAGAGUCUCCAAUUCUCCAUCCGUCGUGAGACCAUCUGCCAUCAUUGUCAUGGCAAGGGAGCGGCUCACGAGGAAGACGUCCACGUAUGCAAUGAGUGUGGUGGACAAGGUGUCAAGACAACCACGCGACGUGUAGGCCCGGGCUUCAUCCAGCAGUUCCAAACCACGUGCGAGAAAUGCCAUGGAAAGGGUAAAAUCUACACGAGCACGUGUCCAGUGUGUGGCGGUCGCAAGGUAGAGAUGACGGAUCUUAAUUUUGAUGUGGAUCUGGAUAAGGGCACACCCGACGGCUUUGAGGUGGAAUUGGAGAACUAUGCAGACGAAAUCGCGGGCCAACCGGCAGGACACGUGCGUUUGCAGGUACUGACAGCACCACACCCGGUUUUCACGCGCGAGGGCGACCAUUUGUGGAUGGAUAUGGACAUCUCUCUACGCGAAUCGCUCGUUGGAUUCAGAAAAAGUUUCACGCACUUGGAUGGACGGCGAGUGGAAGUGGUGCGUGAUGAGAUCACGCCACCUCGGUUUGUCACUGUGCUGAAGGAUGAGGGCAUGCCGAAGCAGCAUUUCCCUUCGGAAAGGGGCCAGCUGCACAUCAAAUUCCAUGUCAAGUUCCCGGAAUCUCUUUCGGACGAGCAGAAAGUCGGCUUCCGGAAGUUGUUUUCCAUGAAAUAAUGGACAAUCAAAAAGCAGUGGUGUCGACAAGGCACUCGACAAUGAUGCUAUCGAUAUCUUCAUUAUGUUCCAGUUCUACUAACAUUUUGACAGUUUUCAUAGCGUCGAGAACAAGUAAAGGAUAGCCAACUAACUAACGAUUUCAUUAUGCCAAGGUUGUUCUAGCUUUCUACGCUUCGCUACAACCGGGUUAUCGACAAGAAUUUAAGCUUGACAGGGUUUUAUUGCUUACUUUUCGCGACGUGAGUCGUACUCGGCCAGGAUCUCCUCGGCUGACUUGCCCGACGUCUCCGGUACCAACUUCAGAGCCAACAGGAAGAAAAUAGCAAGAAGCACCACGAACGGAACGUACGCGUAGUCGUCCAGAGCGUCCGAAAUAUAGGGGUACGACACACCCACGAUGAGGUUGCACAACCAGUUGAU